AUGUCUUCGAAUUUAACAAAAAAUAUAUUAGGUCCAAAUAUAUUUAGAAGUGCAAGUGGCCACCAAAUUGUAUUAACUGAGAAAAAUGAUACGAAAAAUAUUGAGUUUCAAAAUCAGAUCUUAGAGUUUCAAUUAUACAAUGAUCACAAAUUUGUCAAUUUUUGGCUGGACAUUCCCAUAUUUUUGUUAAGUGUAUUUUUUUUUAGUAUCCAUUAUUCAUGUUAUUCAGCUCUAUUAUUUACAAUUCUAAUUAUUAUUGUGAAAUGUAAAUUAAUUGCUUUAGCUGUAGAUAGUGAUACAUUAUUAGUUGUGGAAUCAGUUGGAAUACAAAUUAUCAAGAAACGAGUUUUAAAUUGUUUUGAAUCGAACAUUUUCCUUCCCUGGAACACAGUUAAGGACGUUUUUAUUCAUGAAGUUAUAACUGGUCAUAAAGUCUUGUACUACUUGACCAUUAUCGUAAAAGAUUCAUCGAAUGAAAUACACGGGAUAAAAUUAAUUACACUUUUUCGUCAACUUGAGCCUGAAAAAAAAUGCCUGGAAUACAUGUACGGACGCCUGAUAAAUUUGAUUGGUUCUAUCGAGAAAAAGAACCGAUUUUAACUGUACCAGGAUCUUAUUGGUUAUGUCAUAAAAAAAGUAUUUAUAAAUUUACUUUUAAAUACCAUCGACAAUCAAAAGAUAAUAAACAAUUCAAUUAUGGAAAAGACCUUAUGAAAGUAAUUCGUCGUAUUAUAAAAUCUCAACCACGUCAAGGUCAACAAUUUGGUACGCAGCAUCUUUUAGUUACUUAUAAUCAUUCAUCGUGGACUCGUCAAGAUAAAAUGUUUGCUAUGCUAAAGUUUCGUGAGAAAACAAGUGCUACGGCAUUUUCUCGUGCUUUCAUACUUACUGUAAAAAUUGUUUCUACUAAUUUAAAUUAUAAAAAUGAAACAAAACUUGAUGAUGACCUGGUAGAGUAUAAUACAGAUAAAAAACCAAACAAAUGGUCUGAAAUAAUUAAAAAACAAAAUUCUGAAGAAUCCAUUAAUACAUCACAAAAUAUCCAAUCUGCAUCAAUAACUUUUAAACAAGAGGAAAUUUGCAAUAAUUCUCCAAAAUGUCAAAUUACAAAUUUUGAUGAUAUUUCAGAUAGUGUGAAAAUACCUUUUUCCAGUUCCGUAAAUAGUAAUUCGUGUAUAGAAAAAUCUUCUGCUUCAUUUCUUCCAGAACUUAAAGAAUCGCCUUUCAUAGAAGAAUGUAUUUCAAAACUACAAGAUCUUUCAAAAACUGAACAUACAAUCAAUGAUAAAGCAGAAAGUUUUAAUGAAGUCCAAGAGUCUGUAGAUAUGCCAUAUCAAUAUUUGAUAGAACGAGAAAUUGAGCGCACAAAUCUUAAGGGCACUGGUAAUCCAAAUGUACAAUCACUUAUUCCAAAGAAUGUACCGGAAAAGCCAACACGAGAUUCACGUAAUGAGUCUGCAGUAUUUCGAGCUAAGUCUGUUUCGACUUCUAAUAUAAUCGAUAAUGCUACAGCUCGUUCAGCUAAUAUCACAGAUCUUGUUAUGGAAGGCCUUAUGUUUACAAUUACUCAAAAUCAAGAUAGUAUUAAAGUUUUUGAACAAAAAACAAAAUCGGAGCCAGAUGAAGUUUUAGAAAACUCCGAAAAAGCUGAAACACUUGAAGGGAGUAAACACCUAAUUAAUUCUAGUUUAUUUAAACUAGAAAAUUUGAUAACAAAAAUUGAAAUGUCAAAUAGUCCUCAAAUACAAUCUGAACAUGAAAAAGAUAAUAAAACUACAUUCCUAUCAAGUAUUUUUCGUAAAAAUGAUUUGAGGAAGCAAGAAAGAACUAAGAAAUCAUAUAUUGAAAUAAAUGGUAAUAACGAUAAAGAUAAUAUAGGUAUUGUUUUGUUAUCUAAUAAAAAUAAGGAAAAAUCUACAGAAAAAAUACUCGAAUCGAAGCCUUAUCGAUUAUCGAUGGAUUCCUCAAAAACGGAAGAUCCGAAAAUUCCUUUGUUGGAAUAUUCAAGUGAUAGCACGGAAAAUAUUCAUGAUAAUAUACUAAAACAAUUUAAGAACAAAAAUUCUUUAGAUUCAAAACCAAUAAUAAAAAAAAAUAUGUUACCAGAACAUAUUAGCAAAAAUGUUCCUAUAGAACCAUCAAAAAAUAAAAGUGAAAAAGACAAAAAUGUAAAUUUAAACUUUAAUAUUUAUAAUAAUAAUAAUAAUAACGUCAAUAUUAAUGUGGAUAAUUGGAAUGUGAAUGACGACGAAGAAGAAAUUAUACCAGAAGCUCUUCAAAACCAUCAAUCUAUUUGUUCCGAAAUCCAUAAUAAUAGUGCAUCAUCAACUCAAGUUCAUGAGAGUCAUUUAUUAAUGGACGAUAUCGAAUCAGAAAGAGGAUCUUAUUCACUUAAUAAUAGCAAAUUAAUAAAUAAAUUACAUGUACCACGAGUCAUAUCUAAUGAAGCAGUUAAAUAUGAUUUAUCAUCACUACGUACACCAAUAGUUUCAGAAUUAAACUCGAAUGCAAGUACUCCAAUCGUGAAUACUAAAAUAGAGUGUCAGGACAAAUUGGGAUCUUGUCUUCAUCAAAAUGAGCAUCAAUCAUGUGAAAGAGUCAUCAAUUCUACAAGAAAAAAACUUAUUGCCAGACGCCGACUUUACAUUGAAAAAUCGAAUACUGACAAAAAAGAAACGGCAAUAGAAAUGUGGAAAUUCUUACAAGAUAUUACACAUGGUGUUAAAAUAGUCUUACAACGAUUAAGUUAUUAA